CUGGGCUGCGGCGCCGCGGAGAAAACCCUGGGCAAUGCUCACUUUGGGCAAGGAUCCGGACUAGUUUUAAAUUCCAAAGUCAAGUGCAGCGGGAGAGAGGCCACUCUGCAUGAGUGUACAAUCGAUGAAUGGUUUGACGGUAGUUACACACAUUCAUACGAUGUCAGCGUUAUUUGCGAAGGUCACAGAACUGCAAGAUUGGUGUCCGGAAAUGACGACUGUUCGGGAAGACUAGAGUUGCAGUUUGGUGAAUCCUGGGGAACGGUGUGUGACCUGCACUGGAAUAUGAAUAAUGCCAACGUGGUGUGCAAUCACCUUCAAUGCGGAGUCGCUGUUUCUGUGAUGGGGGGAGCUUAUUUUGGAGAGGGAACCGGGUCCGUUUGGAGUAAUGUCCUUGAAUGUAAAGGUAAUGAGUCGAGCCUCUGCGACUGCCCAUAUUCUUCAAGGAAUGAUCGUUGCAACCACAAGAAGGAUGUCAGUCUGAAAUGUUCUGGGAAGAAUGGACCACGCUUGGUUAAUGGGAAGAGCAGAUGCUCUGGCCGUGUGGAAGUCCUGCACGGAGGCCAGUGGGGGACACUUUGUGAUGAAUACUUUAGCCUGGAAGAUGCUGCCGUGGUUUGUGAACAUCUACAGUGUGGAGCAGUAAAUGCAACUCCUAGAGGUGCUACCUUUAGCGAAGGAAAAGGACUAUUGUGGAAGGAUGACUACCGUUGUCUGGGGAACGAGACCCGAUUAACUGAUUGUCCAGUCUCAGCCUGGGGUCAGGUUAACUGUUCACAUUGGAAUGACGCUGGUCUCAUCUGCUCUGCUGAAAAGUGGUCUCUGAGACUGAGCGAUGGAGGAGGCCGCUGCGAUGGCCGAUUGGAAGUUUAUGAUAAUGGCACCUGGCAUAGAGUGCAGGAUAAAAUUUGGAACCUCAAUGAUGCAAAUGUUGUCUGCAGAGAACUGCGCUGCGGCUUCGCCACAUCCGUCUACACCUCCUCAAGGUACAGAGAAACUGCAAGGCCCAUGUUGGUGAUCGAAGGUCGAUGUGAAGGAAAUGAGACGCAUCUACGAAACUGCAAAACUUCUUUGUUGCAAAGGUCUCCUGCUAACGUCACGGUCGUUGGUGUCCGGUGUUCAGACCACAUGCAGUUAAGGCUAUUCGGAAGUGAAGAUGCAUGUGCUGGAAGACUGGAGGUUUAUUACAAUGGAUCCUGGGGAACAGUCUGUGAUGACUCCUGGGAUCUGGUUAAUGCUAACGUGGUAUGUAGGCAACUAAGUUGUGGUUAUGCUUUGGAGAAAAUAAAAGUUCCGAACUGUGGACGAAGCACUGGAGAAAUUUGGUUGGAUGAAGUGAGAUGUUCGGGUAAUGAACCGUAUCUCUGGAAAUGUCCUUCGGCGCUGUGGGGCCAUCAUGACUGCAGCCAUAAAGAAGAUGUAAUACUGGAGUGUUCCGAACACAAAGAGAUGCGCCUUGUGGAAGGCAAACACAGCUGCGAAGGGAGAGUGGAAGUGCGGUACCAAGGGAGAUGGGGAACAGUUUGUUCCGAGGAACUGGAUAGUAAAGAUGCGAAUGUGAUCUGCAAGCAAAUGAAC